UGCCCCAUCGUUGGUGUCAGUGGGGGGAGGAAUAGUGCCCCAUCGUUGGUGUCAUUUGGGGGAAGAAUAGUGCCCCAUCGUUGGUGUCAGUGGGGGGAGGAAUCGUGCCUCAUCGUUGGUGUCAGUGGGGGGAGGAAUCGUGCCUCAUCGUUGGUGUCAGUGGGGGGAGGAAUA